AUGGCAAAAGAGACACUAGAUCUGUAUGAGAAAUCCAAGGGAAUGCCAUCCAAAAUCAGGAUAGUCGGGGGUCCAAACAACCUGGCAUAUGGAGAAGGCGAUGAAUUGGACGUACUGGAUGCAAACACUGUUGAAACUUUCACUUUAGAAGAGUUCAAAACAAUAGUAUUGGACUGCAGGUCGAAGAAUAAGGACUUCAUACUUGCAAGAGUCACAACUCCAGAUCCAGAUGACCAGAGCGUCAUAUACAACUUCUACUACGCUGCAUCAGAAUUGAAUAGGAUACUAUUCAGGUUUGAGUCUGACAGAAGAUUGUUGCACAGAAUGAAGGUUCGAAACCCCCUUAACAACAUGUAUAUACUAGGGCAGGUUUACUAUUACAAAGUCCCGCCCCAAGAAGUCGACAGAGCACUUGUUGAGUAUUUCUUCAUAGAAACCAAGGUGGAAGGCAAAACAACAAAAAAGGCGUUUUCACAGGUGUUCAGACACAAGGUAGAAGAGGCAUCGGAGGACAACAAGAGAUGUCAUAAGUCAAGAGACAGUCUCGAUGCUAGCGACCGAUCCUUGAAGAUAAGUAGCAUGGAGGAAAAUCCCAGAGAGAUCAUAGAAAAGAUUCAGAAAGGCACAAUAGCUAUGCCUAAGUCAAUUCCUCCAGAAAGAAGCGUGAUGUACAGUGCCAACUAUUUCGCUUCGGACGACGACUUUCUGAUGCAGCCGGAGAUCAGAGAGUACUUCCGGAGGAACACCCUGGAUGCAGACGACGACUUUCUUUUUGAAAUAGACAGAACACAGAAUGACUUCUUUGCGCUCCUUGAAACGGCCUCGGAAGAUGAAAACGAAGAGGUUCUUGGAUGGAAAAGAGUUCUUACUGCACACAUCAGCAUGCUUGUGACCCUCUUGACUGUAUGUCUUGUUCUUGGGGUUGGGCCCCAGAUGGUCCUUGUUGCUCUCCCGUUGGCUGUUGUCCUUAUCUUCUCGUUCAUUGGCUCGAUUUUUUAUAUUCUAUUCUGCAGAAGAAAUACAUUCGAUACCCUGGCAGUCAACAGCAUCGAGGAAGUGUAA